AUGAAUGGCGACCUGAGUCUGUCGCAGACGCUCGGCGGACUGCGCAUCGCGAACCCGGACGAAGACGACUCGCCGCCGCCCUCGCAGCAGUCCAACCACGCCCACGAUAUAGCGACGUCACCCCCGUCGCCCUCGCGCGCCUCGUCGUCGAAUACCGUCACCCAGGACCUCCACCCCACGUAUUCCCGCUCCCAACACUCGUACCUGGAAGAGGAACACGUCGCCCCCAGCUCCCUCCACCCCAGAGACAAUGCCUACCAGAGCUCGCCCUCGGGCUCCCCGGCCGGCUUCCCCUCCCCCCUGGCUGAGACUUCGUCGUCGUCAUCCCACUCGCCGCGCCUCUCCCACCGCCAGUCCAUGCCCCUAGCCCACCAGGCCCAGCACCAGCAGCCACAGUAUCCCCCGUACGCCGCCGGCCCAUUGCUCCAGCAGCAGCGCAGCCAGGCCCCGACUUCGCAGCCCAUGCGAGAGCGCCCGGUCUCGACGAGCAUGUACCAGCACCCUAACCUCUCGACUUCCUCCACCACUGCCCCGGGCACCUACCGGUACAACGACGACGCAAUGGCCGGAGAUAUGCGCCGGACUGCGAGUUCGCGUGUUGCGCCCGGAGCCAUGCCCGUCAGGGAAGCCAGUAGGAGGGACCCAUACCGCCAGUCGGCGCAGAUGCAAGCCAUGAACGGUCCCCUCCCGCCCCGGAGAAGCUCACGGCGGAUACCCAUGGAUGCAGGAGUAGCAAAUCUGUCGAGUUCCCCAUACAGCAUCGAAGGCGGUCCGCUAUCGAGCAGCGAGGAGUGGAAGGACAAAGGCGCGGCUGUAAGCACCCGGCAGGAUCUAGAUCAGAACGGACGGCCGAUAACGCGCGUGGUCAAGAAAGGCGUCAAGGACUUCAAUUUCGGCAGGACACUGGGCGAGGGCUCCUACAGUACAGUACUGGCCGCUACCGACCGCCAGACACUGCGCGAGUACGCGAUCAAGGUGCUCGACAAGCGCCACAUCAUCAAGGAGAAGAAGGUCAAAUACGUAAACAUCGAAAAAGACACCCUCAACCGACUGACGGAGCACCCCGGCAUCGUCCGACUCUACUACACCUUCCAGGAUGAGCGCUCGCUAUACUUUGUCCUGGAUUUGGCUGCAGGCGGUGAGCUUUUGGGCUUCCUCAAGAAGAUUGGCACAUUCGACGUCGAGUGCACACGAUUCUACGGCGCGCAAAUAUUGGAUGCCAUCGACUACAUGCACAACAAGGACGUAAUACAUCGAGAUCUGAAACCCGAGAACGUUCUGCUCGACGAUGCAAUGCACGUCAAGAUUACUGAUUUUGGAACUGCAAAGAUACUCGAGCAGAAACACAACGGCCUUGGCUCGACAACCGGCGAUCCAUUGGAAGGGGCACACUCGGAUCGCGCGCAAUCCUUUGUCGGAACAGCCGAGUACGUCUCACCAGAACUACUCACAGACAAGAAUGCCUGCAAAGCCAGCGACCUGUGGGCAUUUGGAUGUAUCAUCUACCAGCUGCUCGCCGGACGGCCGCCAUUCAAGGCUGCCAACGAGUAUAUGACGUUCCAGAAGAUUGUGGGCCUGGAAUACACAUUCCCAGAUGGAUUCCCUCCCCUUGCAAAGGACUUGGUUGAGCGGCUGUUGGUCCUGGAUCCAUUAACGCGAUUGCCCAUGGAACACAUUAAGAACCACCCAUUCUUUGAAGGAAUCCAAUGGGGCAGGGGUCUGUGGAAACAAAAGGCCCCGCGGUUGAAAGCCUACAGUCCGCCCGCACAGGAGCCGAUUAAGCUAAACGGUAUGAAUCCUGCUACUGUUAUGGAGACGUCAAUAACACAUCCAGGCCCCUCGACACCGGCAGCACCAGCAGCAUCAGCACCAGCAGCACCCAACCAACCCCAAGCACGACCGAAGCCACGCAUCAUCACCGAACUACCCCCUCCCUCCCAACUCGACAUCGAUUGGUCGCCGGUCCUCACAAAGCGAGACGAACGGAUAUUGAAGCUUGGAAAUAUGUUUGUCACACAACACGCCCCUGGACACGCCGUGGGCGGAAAGGAAGAGCCUGUGGAGCAGCCCAAGAAAUUCUCGCGCUUCUUCGGCGGCAACACGGUCAAGAAGCGACAACGACUUGUAAUGAUCACGUCUAAUGCACGCGUACUGAUGUGCGCAGCAGGCACGAAUGAUAAGAAGUUGAAGGAAGAGAUAUCGCUACUCUCAGCGGGCUGCGCAUGGAGGUCAUUCCAAGAUUCCAAGGGACUUACUGCUUGGCUCGUGGAAACAAAAGAGAAGCAGUAUGUCUUCGAAGACCCCAAAAGUACUACCAGCGACCCCGAUGGCAGCAAGUACUCCAGCCAAGAGUGGCUCGACAGCAUCGAACAAGCGCGCGACUACGCCUUUGCGCAAACCAUGACCAACUCGUACUCUGCCGACGUAGGCUUGAACGAGCUCGUUUCAAAUCACACCACCCCGACCAGUACGUUGGGAGGAGACUCCGCCCUCGAGGGCGUCAACAUCCCCGCCUCGCGGCAUGGCCACCUUCGCAAAGAUCAAGGCGAUACUGACUCGAUGAAGGGCAGGAAGCGCUUUAGCAAACGUCAUUCGAAGAACGGGUUGGCCAACUUUUGA